CCUAGAAUCACAUAAACUCCUCUUCCCCUAUCACACUUUCUAGAUAGACAGAUAUUUGUUAUAUAUCCUAUGGUCCGUGACACCUCUCUCUCUGUGCCAACCCUUUCUUCCACAUGUUGAGUUUCCACCUUUCUUAAUAACACCCCACCCUUUCUUCUCCUUCUUCUUCAACCUCCACAACCCACAUCACAAGCCUCAAACUUUUCUCAUAUUAAAUGUCCAACAUCUUGUUGUUGAUGUUUGAAAUUCAUGUAUCCGAUUCUCAGUGAAAUCUUCUUUUCCGGGUGUAUGAUCAAUUCCACUGUUCGGCGCAGGACCCAUUUAGUUCAAUCCUUCUCAGUUGCCUUCCUUUACUGGCUUUACUACGUUUCAUGAUCUUCAACCCUUAAUUACUUUAACGCAAUAUCUUCUAUAUUAUUAUUAUUAUCUAGUACUAUUAGUAUUAUUAUAUUAUUAUUAUUAUCUUCAAUAUACUAUUUUUGUAUCAAAGUUUGUGUUUUGUGUAUCUGGGUGGUGCCAACUGAGAAGGGUUGAACAUGGCUUCAUCGAGUGGAACGUGUUCGGGGUCGUCGACUCAGCUUCAGAACUCGGGUUCGGAGGGGGAUUUGCAGGUGAUGAUGGAUCAGAGGAAGAGGAAGAGAAUGAUAUCGAAUCGGGAAUCUGCGCGAAGAUCUCGCAUGAGGAAGCAGAAGCACUUGGACGAUCUGGUUUCGCAGGUGGCUCAGCUGAGGAAGGAGAAUCAGCAGAUUCUCACAAGCGUCAACAUCACCACGCAGCAGUAUUUGAGCGUUGAGGCUGAGAAUUCUGUGCUCAGGGCACAGGUGGGUGAGCUUAGCCACAGGUUGGACUCUCUCAACGAGAUAAUCGAGGUUCUUAAUGCUUCCACCGCUGACCCUAUGCUUAAUAAUAAUAAUAAUAAUAAUAAUAAUACCUUCUUCAAUCCCUUCAACAUGGGCUAUCUCAAUCACCCUAUUAUGGCCUCUGCAGACAUAUUGCAGUACUGAGACAAAAGGGGUAUUGUAAUUGAUUUCUUCUUCUCCAGUCUGUUGAGAAAUUGUAAUCUCUCUCAUAAGGAAUAAUCAAUGUGUAUCAUUAAAAAAGGUCGGAUGGUUAGGUGCUGGUUCUGUAAAUGGGGCAUGCUCCACUACUGUUUGUUUCUUGUCAAUUCUCAUGCACUUAUCUUAUGAUAAUAAUAAUAAUAAUAUUGACCUGGUUCGGUUCUCUAUGUUAUAAUUAA